CGGGCAGGAUUAGGUAAGUAAUGGAAUUCUGGCUACAUUGAACGUAUCUCGUUAACCAUAGUUCCAAACGAUUAUUCUGGCCAUUUGAGUUUUAUUCUAACGCUUGUAUACCACGAUUAAUGGACGAUUUAUAUAAAACAAGAAUGUUUUACAAUCAGCUAGGGAAUUUGCCGUGGAAAUGUGGGACCAGAUCGAAAACUUGGCUUUACUUUGCAUUUAUUCUUUUCAAAUGUCAAUGACACAAGAUGGAUAGACCAGAAACGGCAUCGGCGUGGGAUGUGUUAUGGGUGCUGCCCUAGUCAUCAAUGUCAUUUCCUAAUUUAUUUAAAAAUUUGGCACAAAAAUUUUGUUUAAUUCACGGUUAUUAUCCAACGGCAAUAAGAAUUCCAAUCAAUAUCAAUUCUACAAAAUGUCAUAUUGUUAAAACCAAUGGAAGUUGGAGUUGAAAGAAAAUUCCGUUUACCUGACGUGACAAAUUUGCAACGCGUAUUGUGCAUAGAUUAGAGUGGAUUAAUGGAUGAAAUCUUUGUCCAUAACAGUGGUCUGUUGGCGAGUUUGUACAGUCAUUAAACGAUGAACAACAGUGUUGGCAAUGGAACAGAUUAUGAUCAUGUGUCUUCGCCUCCUAUAUCUGAUUAUCUACAGACCUUCUUCAUUCUGCUUUACGGCAUUAUUGUGAUAAUCGCUAUUGGCGGGAACACGAUCGUGUGCUACCUAAUUUACGCAUACAAACGAAUGCAUACGAUUCCGAAUUAUUUCAUUGUCAAUUUAGCCAUAAGUGACAUUAUAAUGGCGAUCUUUUGCAUUCCUUUCACAUUUGUGGCCAAUCUGAUGUUAAACUACUGGCCGUUUGGUGAAGUCAUGUGUCCGAUAGUGACCUACCUACAGGUAGUGGCCGUAUUUCUAAGUGCCUUCACGUUAGUAGCGAUGAGUCUUGACCGUUAUAUUGUUAUUGUGCAUCCAUUUAAAAAACGGAUUACGGCACGAAAGACCGGUUUUGUGUUACUUGGGAUAUGGACGUUGUCACUAACGAUACCCCUCCCAACACUCCUCCAGUCAAAACUUGUGUACUAUUCCAACACCAGCGGCGUGUGUCUCGAACCCUGGGAGGACUUUACGGCCAAAUACGCUUACAGCCUCAUCAUCAUGAUUCUGCAUUACUUUGGACCCUUGGUGGUCCUUGUGUUCUGUUAUAGUAAGAUUGGAUAUAAUAUAUGGAUGAAAAACAUCCAAGGAGAUGAAAGGAAUAAACGAAGACUACAGUUAGCAUCGGCGAAACAAAGGUUGAUCAAGAUGAUGGCGACGGUUGUGAUAUUCUACGCUCUGUGCUGGCUUCCUCUGCACGUAGUGACAUUGGUUGGAGAACAAGAUCCCACUAUUUACAACAGUCCUCAUAUGCCGGUAGUAUGGGUCUUUUGUCACUGGCUUGCCAUGAGCAACAGCUGUUAUAACCCAAUAAUCUACAUCUAUAUGAGCCCAAAGUUCAGGACAGGACUAAAAUUAGCCGUGCAGAAAUGUGCCCGGAUGAGGAAGCAGUCGAUGAAUUGUGAUUCUGAUGACGACGACACGCAGGUCAAAGGUCAACAUAAACAAAUGAUUCUGAAAAUGGAAUUAAAACCAUCGAAAUCGUGCCCUCUCAAAGGGCGAAAUGGAAAUUGUCAGUUGAUGUUUGAAAAAAUAUUAUCGGAGGAAUACAUGAUGCCAGCCAGUAUCCAUAGUGACACGUGACGCAUGUGGAAUGUAGAAUUAACCUGUGUGUAUUUGUGUGGAUAGAUGAGUACUUGAUAAAUGGUAAGAAAUAUUUAGACAAUACUGUAUCCAGGAUUAUUUUCGUGAUAACAUAAUUUUCGAUGUAAUGUGACGUUGUACGACAAAAAACUUUUAAUCAAUUUAAUCAAGUAACAUUAUCCUCGUAAUAGUCUCUCAACCGCCAGUUCGACACUGCGCCAAGUUGCACUUUUCUAUUUAAACGCAAAAAACAGCUCUGCACAAAAUGGAAAUGUUUAGAGUAUUCGAAUGGCUAAGGACCAAUAUACAUUUGUACUUUAAAAGUAAAAAAUAGAAAUUUCGUAUUUCUCUUUAUCUAAUGGCAGUGCGUCCUGACCGUUUCCAUAUGAAUUAAAAUAAAGUAAGGUAUAUGAAUGUAAAAAAUGAUUCAUAUCGUACAAAACACAGAAUUACAGUUUUAUAUUUUUGUGGAAAUAUAUAUAUUAUAUAAACAUUUGUGUAUACAUUUG